CCGUGUCCUUCCACAUCCGGGUCACGUUCUCUCUCCAUGCUGUUAGGAAGCAUGGCGGCGAUAAACAAGCGCCGUAGAAAGUCCAAAGGGACAUUCCAGCCCGCAGAAGCCGACAUGGAGGCCGAAAACAUCAGUGGCGAGGAAGAUGGAGAUCCGGAGGCUGAUGGGGGGGAAGACAGCGCGACAGAGGAAGAGGAAGAGUUCAGCCUGGACGAUGUUCUGCGGCUCGGAGGGACGCAGGCCGACUACGUCAUGCUCGCCGGCCUGGACGACUCCAACGAGCUGGUGGACGGAGGAAAGAAAGGAGCCAUCGACGACCUGGAGGACGGCGAGCUGGAGAAGUUCAUCGCCAAGCUCGGCGUCCGCGCCUUCGCCGGAGUGCAGGUGAUCCCGGACGAGCCGGAGGACGGCGAGGAGGACGUCAAGAAGGCAGCCGCGGAGGAUGCCGCAAAGGCGAAGAAAGCCGAGGAGGAGGCCGCUGCGCAGAGAGCGAAGAAGGACGAGAAGCAGAAGGCGAAGAAGAAGCAGAAGGUGAACGUGUUUGAGUUCCAACGGAGGCCGGUGCUGCUCAUCAAGCCCGGGGGGAAGUGGUUCGACAUGGACUACGCCGCCGAGGCCUCCACCGCCGAGCAGGACCCCUCGCUGGUCACCCAGUACAAGGCGCUGGCCCAGCAGCUGUACGAGGCCGACGUGGCGCUCUACAAGAGCAAGAAGAACAUGCAGAAGGGCGCCAACUCCAACUGGAUGAAGUCGGUGGUCUCCUCCGGCGUGCUGGCGGACCGGAUGGCGGCCAUGACGGUGCUGAUCCAGGACGCGCCGGUGCACACGCUGGAGCACGUGGAGAACCUGGUGACCAUGGUGAAGAAGAGGGGCAGCCGGCGGAUGAGCCUGAUGGCGCUGGACACGCUGCGCGAGCUGCUGCUCUCCAACCUGCUGCCGGAGGGCCGGAAGCUCCGCCCCUUCGCCCAGCGCCCCUUCGACCAGCUGGAAGAGCGGGCCAGCGGCAACCGGGACGUCCGCGACCGCCGCCUCGUCCUCUGGUUGUUCGAGCACCGCCUAAAGCUCCUCGUGGCCGAGUUCGUGGUGGCGCUGGACGCCGUGUCCCACGACACGGUGGCGGCCACCAAGGCCAAGGCGCUGUCCACCGCCCACGAGAUGCUGUCCGCCCGCCCCGAGCAGGAGAGGGCGCUGCUGGGUCAGGUGGUCAACAAGCUGGGCGACCCCGAGUACAAGACGGCGGCCAAGGCCUCCUACCUGCUGGAGUCGCUGCUGCACAAGCACCCCAACAUGAAGGCGGUGGUGUGCUGCGAGGUGGAGCGGCUCAUGUUCCGGCCCAACAUCAGCGCCAAGGCGCAGUACUACGCCGUCUGCUUCCUCAGCCAGGUGAUGCUCAGCCACGAGGAGGCGGACCUCGCCGCCAAGCUCAUCGGCAUCUACUUCUCCUUCUUCCGCGCCUGCGUCAAGAAGAAGGACGUGGAGUCCAAGAUGCUGAGCGGGCUGCUGUCGGGCGUGAACCGGGCCUACCCGUACGCCGACGCCGGAGACGAGAAGGUGAGGGAGCAGCUGGACACGCUGUUCAAGGUGGUGCACCUGGUGAAGUUCAACACGGCCGUCCAGGCGCUCAUGCUGCUCUUCCAGGUGAUGGACUCCCAGCAGAGCGUCUCGGACCGGUACUACGUGGCCCUGUACAGGAAGCUGAUGGACCCCGGCCUCUCGUCCUGCUCCAGGCAGAGCAUGUUCCUCAACCUGCUGUACAAGUCGCUGAAGGCCGACAUCGUGCUGCGGCGGGUCAAGGCCUUCGUGAAGCGGCUGCUGCAGGUCAGCGCCGAGCAGGGGGCCAGCUUCGCCUGCGGGGCGCUCUUCCUGGUGUCAGAGGUCAUGAAGGCCAAACCGGGCCUGAAGAUCCUGCUGCUGGAGGACGGGGACGGAGAGGAGGAGGAGUUCAAAGACCUCGCUGAGGAGGAUGAUGAUGAAGAGGAGCGCUUUGUGGACGCUGACAAACAGGAGGAAGGAGUUGUUGCGGCGCCCGAGGUGGCGAAGCCCACUGCAUCAUGGGUACAUCACCAGAACCUGGAAGGAGGGAAGAGCAUUAGCAGCUACGACCCGCUGCACAGGAACCCGUUGUACUGCGGCGCCGACCACACGACUCUGUGGGAACUGCAGAGGCUCUCGCUUCACUUCCACCCGUCAGUGUCGCUGUUUGCUAAAACCAUCCUGGAGGGGGGGUCCAUCCAGUACUCCGGGGACCCUCUGCAGGACUUCACCCUCAUCAGGUUCUUGGACCGGUUCGUCUUCAGGAACCCGAAACAACUGAAGGGGAAACAGAACACGGACUCUGCGGCGCUGAUGCCCAGGCAGCGGUUCCCCCUCAGCGAGCUGCCCGUGAACUGCGAGGAGUUUGUUUCCAAAGAGGAGAGCCAGAUCCCCGUGGAGGAGGUCUUCUUCCAUCGUUUCUUCCGGAAGCGUCUGCAGGAGAAGCAGCUUCCGUCCCGUCGUCCUCGAGGAGACGGAGACAACGCCAGCGUGGAGGACGUCGACGACGAGGAGUUUGAGAAGAUGCUCGAUUCCGUGGAGGGAGACUCGUACUUCACUGAGAUGGCCAUCGAUGAUCUGGACUUUGCAGGCCACGUGAAGAGCAAGAAGAGCAAGAAAGGCGCCGAGGACUCCGACGACGACUCUGAGGAGGACGACCUGGACGACGAGGAGGUGUCUCUGGGCAGCAUGGACGAGGAGGACUUCGGAGACGAGCUGGAGGAGGAAGGAGGAGCCUUCAUGGAUCCGGCUGGAGAUGAGGAUGACGAUGACGAAGUUCCGGUUCUGGAGGACGACGCGUUCAAUGAUUCCGAGGAUGAGAUGAAGGUUCCCGACAUCACUCCUCGUACCAGGAAGGGAAAAAGGAAAUCCUCAGAGGAGCCCGACUCCUCAGAUUCUAAACGUGGAAAGAAGAAGAAAGGAAAGACCGAUGCAGCCAUGUUCGUGUCUGCUGACGAGUUCGGCUCCCUGCUGGAUGAGAACGCAGGGUCCAAGUUCGACAGCAUCGGACUGAACGCCAUGGCGAACAAGGACAAAGCAGCCCUGAAGCAGCUGAAGUGGGAGGCCAAUCGGGACGACUGGAUGCAAGGCCGCGACGCCAAGACCAUGCGCAGGAAGAAGAGCGCGUUCGGCAUGAAGAGGAGCUUCUCCCGGGCCAGGGGGGGGGGCAGGGCGUCCGGCGGCAAGAGGAGCAGGAAGUAGCGGCGUCACCGACGUCCUCAUUCCUGUUUGAGCGCCCAGGCGUCGCGGUCCUUCUCCCGGAGGCCGUGUAGCCCCGCCCACUCGUUGGACUGGUAGUAGACUAGGAGGAACAAAGACUUUGACAUCACGCCAUGUUGUUACACGACUUAUACAUCAAAAUGAUUAACACUUUCAUAUUCAGUUUAUAGAGAUGGAUACGUUUGAUGCCAUUAAAAUGAUUUUAAAUCUG